UGUAACGACUACUUUUUUUAGCUCAUCUUCAAUUGGCGGCAACUAUAAAAGUCUUUAAGGAUAAUUGUUAAAGAAUAAAAUAAUUUUACGAGAAAUACUGUGCAUAAUGUAUAUAAACAACGUUUAAUAUCAUUAAUAGAGUGGUGCUUUGUAUAGAAUUUAAGUGACUCUGACGUUAUCACGAGUAAGAGUGACAUUAAUACUAUAUUGAAAAUAGGUUAGAAAAAUAUCUCGCGCUCCGGUUUUGAUGUCCGAUUUAGAGGAAUUUUGCACGAUCUUAUGCAAGUUGCAAUGUUAAUCCCGGCAAUUAGGAGAAAUGUGCCGUGCAAUCUACGACGAUUUACUGCAUGUGUUACUUAUAGAAACAAAACGAGGACAAAGGUCCCACCAGGAUAUUGCAAUGAAUCUGAUCUACUGUCUACAUCGCUCCCAAAUUUUGCUUCCUGUAGAAUUUACAGCACCGAAUCGGAGAUCUCGUUACCUAUGCUUGUAGACCAGGCUCCUGCACACGUACCAUCUCUUUUAACACCAUUGAAGCUUCUCUAUUUAUCAACCCUUAGGAUCGCUCCAUAUAUAGAUAAAGAAUUUGACAUAGCUGAAUUUCUUAAAGGAGCCAAAUAUGCAACAGCAAUAAUAUCUAAAGCUUUAACAAAUAAAAAUUAUGAUUCUUUACAAGGCCUUGUAACAGAAGAUAUGAUAGAGAUUUUAAGGGCAAAGAUUGAGACGCUUAGUCCUAAUCAAAGACAAUUAAUUGCAGUAGAUGAAACUGACAUGUUGUUUUAUAUGUUAUCUGAUAUUGAUGCUACAGUUGGUGAGGAGCAUUCCAUUAAAAUCACAACAAUUUGUCAUUACAUCCAAGGUCUUGCUGAGAAGAAAAAUAAAAUGAUGAUGAGUGGACUCAUAGAUUUCACUACAUCAACAAAACACUUAGUAUGUAAUUAUACAUUCACACGUAAGUAUAUAAAUAAUAUUGGGGGUCCGUGGAUUGCAACUUUUGUAAAUCAUUACACUGUGUCAUAGAAAUAUUUGCAAAAUAUAUAGUUUGAAAUAAAAAUUUGUGUCUAUCAAUCUAUUUAGCUAAUUACAGUUGGUGUUGAAA